GCACGAGGUUCCUCCCCUGUGAGUUUGUCCCCGCCCUCCCCGUUCCUCUAAGCGAUUCGGUUCCUGGUUGGUGCUUCCUGGUCGCAGCUGCGGCACAUUAAGGUCGCUGCUUUUCCAUGAUGUUCGGUGGGUAUGAGAAUAUAGAAGCGUAUGAAGAUGAUCUUUACCGAGAUGAAUCGUCCAGUGAACUGAGUGUUGACAGUGAAGUGGAAUUUCAGCUCUAUGGCCAAGUACAUUAUGCACAGGACCUUGGUGAUGUCACCAGGGAGGAGAAUGAAGAAAAUGAAGAAAAGAGCCCUGAGGAUCUGGAGUCAUUGAAUAUUAAAAAGACAAACCAGAAGAGCUUAAUUGUUCUUUCAGAUACUGAUGUCAUCCAGAUAUCAGAUGGUUCAGAGGUCAUCUCUUUGUCUGAUGAAGACAGUGUCUACAGAUGUAAAAGAAAGAACAGAGGAAACCAGGUACUGGAAAGUCCAUGUGAUCAGCAUUCUGAUGAACUGUCUAGAAAGAAAUGUAAGAGAGGUAUUAAAAAGUCUAAACGUGGAGAGAGAUCUAAUGUGAUUCAGGAAGUUAUGGUUAUAGAGGAUAGUUCAAAUGAAGAGAAGGAGAUUACUAUCUCUGAAAGUGGAGAAAGUGAUGUGGAGAGCUGGAUGUUACUGGAAUGUGAAGUAGAUGACAAAGAUGAUAACAUACUUCUUAACCUCGUGGGCUGUGAAACCUCUGUUGAUGAAGACAAAAGCGAUGUAAACUGGUUCAUCAGUGAUAAAGAUCUUGAGGCCCAAAUAAGUAACAACAGAUCAUCCGGUAGACGAACCAGCAGAUACUAUUCAACUGACAAAAAUGUUACCUGUAGAAAUUGUGAAAAACGUGGUCAUUUGUCAAAAAACUGCCCUGUUCCACAGAAAAUACGUGCCUGUUGCCUGUGUGCUGAGAGAGGACAUCUACAGUAUGAUUGCCCUGCUCGGUUUUGUUUAGAUUGUUUUUUACCUGCAUGUUAUGCUCACAAAUGCCUUGAAAGACCUUCAUGGAAAAAACAUUGUGAACGGUGUGAUAUGAAAGGUCACUAUGCUGAUACUUGCCCAGAAAUAUGGAGGCAGUAUCACCUAACGACCAAACCUGGACCACCCAAGAGGCCAAAGACCUAUUUUGGACGAUCAGCCUUAGUGUAUUGUUACAACUGUUCUCGGAAAGGCCAUUAUGGAUAUGAGUGCACAGAAAGACGGAUGUUAAGUGGAACGUUUCCAACAGUACCAUUCAUCUACUACUAUGAUAAGGAGCAUGAUAUCCGGGAGCAAGAACAAAGAAUACAGUGGAAAGUAGAAGAACUUCAAAAAAAUGGAGAUUUUCCAAGACCAUUCAAGAGACCCCAUAUGGAAUCAACAAGCAGGAGUCCCUACCAUGGAAUAAAGAAGAGACAUACCAUACAGGAAGACUACAAAUGGCAUCAAGAAAAGAAGUAUCUCAGAAGAACAAAAAUGAGCGAUUGGAGCAGUAGAAGCCAAGAAAAAAAAUCCAGGAGAGAUGUCCAAAGGUGGUAUGAUGCAGAUGAAGACUUUAUCAGAGGACCCAGAAGUCACUCUUCAUCUCAUAGGUCCUCCUCCCACUUAGGGUACCAUCAUCGAAAGAGGAGUGGAGGGGAGCUUUCCAAAAGGGAUAAAUGGGAGAAGUAUAAGAAAGGAGAGAGAAAAAGAGUACAUGAUGAGGAAGAUUUAUUCCUUAUUAAGCAGAGAAAAAAGAGAUCAAAGCUGAAAAACUGUUGAGUUGGCAGUUACGUAAUAAUCUGGUGUCCUUGUCUACCUGUGCCCCGGCAUUGUGUUUUCUUACCUCGUUAAAGAAGUAAGAUGUGUUUAUUCCAGCUCUAAAGAAGCUAAGCUCACUAAACAAAGACGAUUGAGCUCUUGGCUUCUGUUUUUAAGCAAAUGAUUUGCUGUUCUCUGUGACCAACAAGUUGUUUAUUGUGUGAGAAGGUAAAAAGGCAAAUUAGCUUUCCAUUUUCAGGACUAUUCCUAUGUGAUAAAUUAUGCUUUUGACUUAGAAGCCUGGGGAUGAGAAAGCUUAAUGUUGUGGUGUUUGUUGUCGUUUUUUAAAAGCCCUUUUAAAUAUACUUUACCAAGAAAAGUAGUUUAUUAAAUGUCAUUCGUCUACAAUGUACAUUUUUUGAAAACAAAGCCUUGCAGUAAAAAAGAAGUGAACAUUGAUAAGAAAAUUUAAUCAUUUUCAAGAUUCAUUUUUACACCAGCUGGGAAAGUUUAAAAUGUGCUUUGUUCUAUAUUCAAUUUCUCCUGCUUCUAAAGCUUGUUCUGAAGUCAUCCUUGGUAAGGAACAUGACAGUCUGGCUUUGACAAUGAGUGGGGUGUCCUAAGGAGAGUAUGAUUAUGAAAUUAUUGAAACAUUAAGGAGAUAGGGAGCCUGAGCUGUAAGAAAGCAGAAGAAUCAUACUGGUAUCACUAGCAAAAGGAGCAAAAGUUCUGACAAAUGUAUGAAAAGGAGAAUAAAUCAUGGUCUCAAUGUAAUCACUAAAAAAUGUUUUUCCUCAGUGUGAAAAUCACCUUAAUGAAGUCAAUCACCCAAAUAUGUAAAAAAAAAAAACUUCUAAAAAAUAAA